GUGUGACCGUGCGUCUUUUGGUGACCCGCCCCUUUGCCAGUAUUUGAGCUUGCGUCGGCACCUGGCCACACUGAUCCUACACUGUUGCAUUUGCAUUCGCCCCACAAACUUGAAGGAAAAACGAAAAUAAGCUGGGCAGAAAUGCCAAGCAAAUGGUAGGCCAGAGCAGUGCUUCUUUUCAAAAGUGAACGCGAAUCGAGCCGAGCGACGCGAAAGACGGAGACGGAGAGUCAGGUAGGGAAAGUGCAUCGAAGUGGCAGCGCGACGGUAGGCGGUGCAACCGGAUCGGACAGGAACGAGCAGGCACAAGUGGCUGACGAGCGGAACUGCACUCGGGACGCAGGGCGCAGGAAGUAGCAGGGGAAGGAAGGUAGGGCAGCAGCAGCAGAAGAGUCUAUCAGCAGUAGGGUCUGCCGACAUGAACGAGCAGCGCAGCGGCGGAGCGGAGGAGCCCGCCUCGCCGAAAGGUGCAUCCGCGUCGAUGACGCUGGCCGCGGCAGCCUUGGAAUCGCACAACACGCCAGAACGUGCAUCCGAUGCAGCUGCAGAUGGCGCUGAUGCGUUGGGUGCUGAUGCGGUCAGUGGCGGUGGCGGUGGCGGUGGUGCAUCGGCCAGUGCAUCCCAGGCGAGCACCAGUGCCAGUGCCAGUGCAGUGGGACGCGGCGUUGGAGGCGGUGCAUCUGGAGGUGGCAGCAAGAUGCAGCAGCAGCAGCAACCGCAGCUGAAUGCCACUGAUGUGCGCGAACUGCGCGAGAUAAAGCAACUCCUUUGGGGCGAUAAUGUGCGCGAAGAUGUAUUCAAGCGUUGGUCUCAAGGAUUCGAGUUCAGCGAAGUCGAGCCAACUGCCUUGGUACAGAAACAGGGAGGUCCUUGUGCUGUGAUAGCGCCCGUGCAGGCGUACUUGCUUAAGAUAAUUAUCAUGGACAUGCCAGGCAUCAAGCUAACGGAGGUUUCCUACGACAAGUGCCAGAGCCUGUUGAUCCAGGCGCUGUGCAACAUCCUGAAGAACUGUCGGACGCCGCGCUAUCGCAUCGUGCACCUGAUGCGCCGGCGUGGAGUCGCCUCUGCCGAGCCGGCAACCAAAGAGCGCUCGCCAUCAGCAACGGCCGAGUCGGCGGCGGCAGCAGCAGCAGCAGCAGCAGCAGCAGCAGCUUUAGAGACUGGAGUGGCGUCUGGACAAGCUGAGGGCGGAGGAGGCCAGGACUUGACUGGCGCUGACAUCGAUCUGGCCACGGAGGCCACGCCCGCUUCGGUGAGGGAACUGCUGUCCCAGCAGCUAGACUCUGGCAACAGUCCAACACAAGUAGCUUCACUCGAUCCCGAUCCACAGCUAUCGAGCGAGCUAUCGCCCGAGGAGUUCCACAAUCGCCUGCACACGCUGCACUUUGACGACUACGACUCCCUGGCCCGCUACUACAUGGACAACUACGACCAGCUGGCCCACACCUACGGCGUCCUGCUCUUCAUGUAUUCGGUGUUCCUCACCAAGGGCUCGGAGCAGGUGGCCGCCGAGGUAUCGGACACAUCGGAGCCGCUAAUACACAGCACCUACGGCUAUGGCGCCCAAUCGCUAAUCAAUCUGAUGCUAACCGGACGGGCGGUGGCACAUGUCUGGGACAACGAACAGGACGUCGGUGGCCUCAAGCUGCGCGGCAUCUGUGAGCAGAGCGACAUCGGCUUCAUUACAUUGAUGGAGCAGAUGCGCUACUGCACUGUGGGUUCCUUCUUCAAGAAUCCCCGCUUCCCCGUCUGGGUUAUGGGAUCUGAUACGCAUUUAACUGUUCUAUUUAGCAACGAAAAGAGGCUUGUCUCGCCGGAGACGCCCUCGGAGACGGGUCGCCGCAUCUUCAAGUCGUACGACCCGGAGGGCAACAACUUCAUAUCGAGCACCAUGCUCCGAGACGUGCUCGCCGCUCUCAACUUGGUCAGCGAGCCGGGCUAUGUAAGUCUCAUGCAGAAGCGUUUGGACCCGGAGAACCUGGGCAUCAUCUUGCUGAACGCCUUCAUGGACGAGUUCUUCCCGCUGGAGCGCCGCUCCACGCCGGACACCUUCGAGUUGUUGCACUACAACGGUAUUCCCGGAUCCAAUGAGAACAAUAAGGUGCGCUACUACUGCGGCUCCGCCAUACUGCUGGAGGGCGAUCUGAAGUCGAUCUGCACCUCCAACCCGAUGGUCACUUGCCUGCAGACCAAGUGGCCCAACAUCGAGAUCAACUGGCACGACACCCACAUGCCGUCGCUGAAUUGACGCCGUCAACGGAGCAGGAGCAGCAGGUGGCAGGAGGAGAGAAGAGAUCCACGGAUGGAGCCACAACAGUAGGAGAGUAGAAGCGAGAUGAUGAGAAGGGGGUGGAUCAGAGCGGAACGGAGAGGAUGGCACGUUUUUAUUUCAAACACCUUUCAAUUGUUUUGCCCUUAAUUUAUUGACGAGAGCGUAGAAACGAGAGCAAGGAGGAGGAGGAACCCUACACACCAUACACCACACACCACACACACUAUACUCUACACACCACAUCCCCCAACUACUAACCAAGCCGCUUGGGAGAUGCAGCGGUCUGCCAUGUUGAAGAAUCGCUGGAGAAGAUCGGACGGAAGAAGCCGGAAGAAAUACGCCAAGCGUUGACACCCAAAAAUCUGCAUAAUCGAUAUGCAAAAAAAAAUUAAAAAAAAAAAAAAACAAAACUAAUUUAAAAAA